AAAUAUUGCGGUGGUUUGUCAAACGUGUUCCUAAACUGAAAAAGAAGAGAUUAAAAUUUAAAAGCACAAGGUUGCUUUAAUCAUUUUCGUAUAGACAUGUCAAAAAGUACACUAAUGUGUUUUCUUAUAUUAUUAAACAUACAUGGAUGUUUCAUGGUGCAGCCCAGAGCAAGGCUGAAUACAAAGAAAAACAUGGUCCGGCUGAAAUCAGUUCAGACGCUGAAAGGCAAUGACUUUACCACCUUCCGUAAAACGAUGGCUAAAGAGAUAGGUGUUGAAGACGCUUUGCUGGUUUCUAAAGCGGCACGUGACGUGUUCAUCAAAAACGGAAAAUACAUAGAUUUGAAAAACAAUCAACAAAGAGGCAGAAUAGCAUCUAUGCUACUAUCAGCUCUGUGUUCUGCCUGUGAAAGGAACUGUAGCUGUCUUCGUAGGUUGGAAUGCUCUCCAGCAUGCUAGAUAUACUAGUAUUCUAUAGGAUACUCGUGAAACAGUCCAUGUGCAUAGUCAUAUAAUAUCAGUCUUUUGUAUUUAAUAUCCCUCGAGGUCAAGGACGCACUAUAUGACUACAUAUAGAAUUUUAAUGUAGUUUAUUCGUGCCUAUUUUUUUCUUAAUGAUAUAAAUAGUCUGUAUUCUUCAAAAAGAUGAAUUGAC